GUCCUCGGGGAGAUUUCGCGCCAAAAACUCCCGGAUCGCAAAUGUAAACAGAAGAAUCCGACUCCAAAACAAGUAGGGAAUAUUAGACCCUCCUCCAGCAUUUUACUCAUGAUUGGAGAAACCUGACUCCCACCAUGCCGAGUGCCACUGAGGUGCAGAAUAUCCCCCCACGGGAAAAGGGGCAAAGGGGAAUAGACUCCUUUUUUAAGAGCCCAAAAGCAUCUCCUGUAGUCAAGGAUAAGAAAGAUCUGUUUUCAUAUUUCAAGAAAGUAAACAGCAGUCUAGACCAGAUAAACGGAACAAGUAAUCAAAAGGAGAGCAAAGAAGAGGAAGGUUUGGAUUCAGGUGUUGUUGAGCAGGAAAAGGAGGAGGUUGAAAUAUCAGGAAGUGAGAGUGAAGUUGACAUAACCAUCGAUGUACAGGGUGAAGCAAGCGAGACCGAAAAGGAUGAGCAAACAUCGUCCCAGACAGAUGGGUCAUCCACUGAAAGUUUAGUUGAAGAGGAAUCUAGUGCAUCUGUGUCAGACGAAGAACCAGAAGUGUUAGAGAUGGUAAAGGAGAAAGUAUGUAAGAACAGUGAAAAACCUACAGAAGGGUUGAGUUCCGGGAGACAGAACAUCUUUGCAUUCAUGAUGGCUAACAGAAGUAAACAAAAUGAGGUGUUGCGGGAAAUAAGAGAAGACGAGGAAGCUGCUGAAAAUGACAGCUCAGAAACCUUGCUGAAUAAAAAAGGUGUUAUUAGUAAUAGUGAGGAAGAAGAAUGUGAUGGCAAGAAAAGUAAAAAGGUGAAUGAAUCAAACAAUACUGCACAUAUGGAUAAAAAUGAAAUAAAGAAGAAAAUAGGGAAAGAGAAAAGGACAGUCUGUAGGAACAAAAAAUCUGUCAGAAAAAAUGUGCAAUUGACAGAGACUGAAUCGUCAUCAACAGAAAGCUGUGAAGAGCUUGAAGUAGUUUUUGAGAAAAAGGAUACCACAAGUAAAAAUAAUUCCCACAAUCCUGACAUAGCUCCCAAAGCCAAACUUAAUAAAGUCCCCACAUCAUACUCUGGUGGAAAUGCUUUUGCUUUUAUGAUGGCAAAUAGACAUAAGCAGGACAAAGCUCUUUCAGAGAAUGAAUCAGGAAAAGGAGAGACCAGCGAGGGUGACAAUAAUGAAAACUCAGAUUCUUCCACAGACAAUACAGUUUAGAUUCAUCCUUAGCUGAUUUUGAGAUUUCGGAGAGAGAGGAACCAAAGGUCAGUAAGCCAAAGAAAACUGUAAGGAAGAGGAAAACAAAUACUGCAGUUUCUGGACAAUCAGAUGAUCCAGUUCAAGCAUCUGAAAUCAAAAUAGAAGAAGGACUUGGAUUGCCCAAGAUUCCAAUACAGACAACUGAAACCAAAGCAGAAGAGAAAGUCACCAAAAAGAUUACAGAAAUAGUCUCCAAAAACAUGUCCAAAACUACAAGAACAGAAGGUUCACGACGGAACGCUAGUAACAUUGCAAUGUCAGAAGCUGAAGAGAAAUGUCAAACAAAUAUUAAGGAUGAAAGAGAUGCACCUGAAACAAAACCUCCUACUGAGACUGAAGAAUAUAAAGACAACAAUGUUAGGCAAAAGAAUGUUAAAAUGAAAACUCCUAAAACUAAAAGAGUGAGAGUAGUUGCAGUGACUAGUAACAAACAAGAUGGCUGAGAUCCCUGUAGAAAAAAAUACAGAAGAAAGCCAAAUCAAUUCAGAGAUAGUAGAGAAGGAGAAAAGGGAAAAAAACAAGGAAAAUGUAGCUGUUGUAGAAGUUUCCAGUUUGGAAAGUGAUGAAAGAGUGAAGAUUGAAACUGCAGAAGCUGAGGAACCACCAAGGAAGAGAAGAAGGAAAAAAGUAGACUAUGUAGUAGACUCUGAUAAAGAAGAAGAAAUCAUUGAUCAUAAAACAAGCCACAAAAUUAAUCCUGAGGAAAUGGGAGACAAAGACUACACUAUAACUGAUGCUGACACACAAAAUAGUUCAAAGAAAGGAAACAUUUUCACCUUCUUCAAAAAAAUCUCCAAAGAAGAGAAGGCUGUUGAGAGAAGCAAGAACAUUUUUACAGUCAAGGCUGAUGUUCAUGCUCCAUGUGAUGGAAUGCUAGAAUCCAGCAAAAUGGAACAUGUAGCAAAGAGAAAGAAAAUACAAGGUAAUGAAACUGCUGAUAAAGAGAAUGUCAGUAACAUCCCCGAAGACAAGAAGAAUGAUAGAAGAAUCAGUAGAAGGAUAAAGAAAAGACAAGAACUUGAGGAGCUAAAUAAGAUAGAAUUACUGGAGCAGAUUACACCAACUAAUUCACCCAUAAAGUUACCAGCACAGAAUUUAAGAGAGAUUAAUAUAACGAGUAACGAUUUAUCAAAGAAGGAAAGGGGGACGGGCACUAUCACAGAGGCAACAGCAGUGGAGAGUAAAACCAUUGAAACAAAGAAUAAUGUUGCAUGAUUGUGCCAAAACAGAAGAGAGUAAGAAUGAUGAGGCUAAGAUUCCCCUGGAAGAUGAUCUUGUAAAUAAAGAAAACCCAGAAAAGAAGGAACCUGCAAAGAAAUCUAGAAGAAGACUGUCAAGAAAGGGAGUCAGUGAACCUCCAAAUACAGUAGACGAAACUGUUCUCCCAAAAGAGAAUACUUUACCUGAAUCCAUAGUAGAAAGUAUAGAAACUCCAUCCUCAAUCCUGGAUGCCACAGAGGAUGAGAUCUUUCCUAAAAGCACCAGAGCUACCAGAGCCAGGAGUCUAAACAAAUCAUUGCAAGAUACUAAUACCGACACUGAUACAAGCAUAGGGUCCAGGAAGAGAUCACCAAGAACAAGAGAUAACCUGAUAUCGGAAUCUAUGGAGAGUGAGGAUGAUAAGGAGAAUGUUGUUCACUACACAUCUACUCUUAUUCAGAAACCUGGGAAACUGAGACUGAGAUUGAAGAAAGUUCAACCAACUUUGAAGACCAAAACCAAAGGAAGAAAAUCUUUAAGUCUAAAGCACAAUAACGUAGCCGAGAGUUGCCCCGCGCAGGCCAAAGCACGAGAACUUGUGCAAAAGGCUAAACAAACAAGAAGGAGUCCCAAGGGAAAAGUAAAGCGAUUGAGCAUGAGUAGAACCAAAAAGAAAACUCUGAGCAAUGAUGUUGUGAAGAAGAUAGUUGAACAGAAUGUAGUACAAGUUAAUAUGGUACAAAUUGAUAAUGAUGUGGUCCUCAUUGAUGAUGAGGAAGCUUCACCAGUCAAGCCAGCAAAGAAGAAAAGGCAGAUGCUUCUCAAGCCUCCAACUGCAUCAACUCCAAAGACAAAACUAACAAAAAGGAAAGUCAUUAGGAGUAAAAAAGGAAAUCAAAACAGACCAGAGGAAGUCAAGGUUCUGGAUGACACUGUUGGCGAGUCUUCAAGGAGAUCCUCGCGGCAAGCAGCAGCAAAUGCAGCUGAGAAAGAGAAACCUGUGAAAGAAUCCAAGCUGGCUCCAAUAUUUUGUAAGAAGAAGGUUAUAGAACUCUCACCUUCAAAACUGAAGGCACGACAGGACUUCUUACAGUCUGGUGUCCCUGAUCAGAUCAAGAAGCAAGUGUUGAUUGAGAAAAGUCAGGAGGAAGAAGUCAGUGAGUGGCCACCUUUCCCAGCUGUCAGUCAUGUACAACAGAAGAGUGAUGCCGAUACUGUAUGGAGUCUUGCCUCUCCAAAUAUUGAGAAGCUGAAAGAAACAAAUGAAAGUGAUUCCUCUUUAGUGCCACUGGGAACAAAAAUAUAUAGCACUGAUAUGAUGUCCAUAUUAAACAAAGAUAAAUCUAGUACAAAAUUGGGCGUGGGUAAUAAUCCAAUGCUGGACGUAGCAAGCAUCAUCGCAAUCCUUCUCAGCCUGAAGAAGGAAAACCCCUACUUUCCAGCGCUUUCAGUCUUUAAAUCCUACCUAGACUUGAAAAAGGAUGCUGUAGAUUUGUAUAAAAAAGAACUAGAGAAGGAAGAAUCCAAGAUUAAGGUAAUAGACCUACAAAAGAUCAAGACUGAGUGGGGCAAAGGGGAAAAAGAAGGAAGCUGAGGAAAAGGGUGAAGAUAAAGACACUUCACUUCCCUUGUGGCAGGAGAGAAUUCCGAAUGCAUGGACACAAGUUUUUGCACCCAAACAUACCAGUCAAGUCAUCGGUAAUACAGGUCAUAUCAGGAAAAUGAAGAUGUGGCUACAGGAGUGGAAAAGAAAGUCAGAGAUAUAUGCCAACAAGGAGAAGAAUGGAAAGAAGAAAAAGACAUUUAGAAAAGAUGAUGACUUCCUGAUAUCUGACGAUUCCAGCAGUUUUGGUGACGACGAUUUUGUCAACACAUUUUUGUUGUCAGGACCGCCUGGUAUCGGCAAGACCUCAGCUGUAUAUGCCCUUGCUACAGAGCUUGGUUAUAAGGUGCUGGAGGUGAAUGCAUCCUCAAGACGACAGGGAAGACAGGUCAUGACUCAGCUAGCUGAGGCCACGCAAUCUCACUCAGUGUCUAGCAAAACGUCCCAGCAACCUGCCAACACUUUGACAGCCAUGUUUGCCGCCAAGGUAUCAGCUGAUACUAAGCCUUCUCCAAAGAAAGUAAACCUCCAUGAAGAAAGCCAGAACUCCAACAAAGAUUUGGAGAGCAAAAAGAAAGUGGCUCUUGUUUUGUUUGAAGAUAUUGAUAUUGUUUUUGAAGAAUGGGAUGAAGGUUUUAUCACAACAGUAAACAAUUUCAUGGCCACUAGCAAGAGACCAAUUAUCUUGACUGUCAGUGAUUCGUCACCAAAUGUGCUGGCCAAAAUAAAAGGAAAUUAUGAAAAAUUAGACUUUGUAUCCCCACCAGAGGAUCUUAUAGCGCAUCACCUGCAAUUGGUCUGUCUUGCAAAUGGCCACCAUAUAUGUUUAAAAGAUGUACAAACACUUGUUCAUGUGAACAAAAGUGAUGUCCGACAGUCAAUACAUGAUCUUCAGCUCUGGACAAUGUCUGGCUCGUCAUCCCAGAUAUGUGAUUGUCUGGAAAAUAGGAAUAAGGAUGAUUCUGAGACAAACAGGGAGGAAGAGAAUAGUAAAUCUUCCAAAGUUGUGAAAGAUUUAAGUCUUGGUGACAUAUUCCCAGAUACCGAUCAGGUAGAGACUUCAAAUGUAGAAUUAUACAAGUCUGGCUUGUGGGGGAAAAUCAAAGGAAGUGCAGUAUUUGACAGCAAAGCAGUUCUUCUUUGUGAUAGAAGAAGAAUGACUCUGGAAAAACAGCAGGAGUCCAACGGGAACAUCUGCUGGUCCCAGAUUUCAAGCAAUAUCCUCUUACUCCUCCCUCUUCCUCUCACUGAGACAGAGGAGACAAAACCCAAGUAUCCUCUCCAGCCUGACGAUCCCCUCCUAAAAACCACACACCUAUGGCAGAGACACAGUUGGCUUUCAAUUGACGAGGAUGAAGAAGAGUUGGAACAGCAGCCUGUGACUAAUACCCCAAAAAUUCCUCCCAAUAUACAGAAAUCAUCCAGACAAUGUUUAGAGUCCAUGGCCCAUCUUUAUGACACAAUUGCCCAGCUGGAUGUCCUUGACUCGUCUCAGCUAGAAAGUUAUCCUGGAAAGAGGAUAGAGGAACGCGGAUGGUGGACAAGGCAGCCCACAGCAGGACUUAGCGACGAACAAGAUAACUGUGAUCUUCCUUGGGCACCUCGUAACUUGACCAAUGAUCUCAUCCAAUUCAUAGGCCAGAGAGCUGUGAAAUAUUGUCAUGAAGAAGUAUCAGCUGCACUACCCAAGGAUUCUGUAACAGAGUGGCCUCAGUUGUGUCUCAAGAUACAUAAUGAUAUGAGGGUACCAAGCCUGAUACCACACGUGUCCAAAGCUAACAGCCUCAGGCAAGAACAUCGACGUAUAGCGGCAUCCAUAACUUCAUGUCUGCCAGCCAUUAACUAUCUUAACAAAAACACAUCCACGGAUCACUUACCCUGUAUACGAAGCCUCAUUAGAUAUGAUGAGCUUAGUGCUGCAAUAAGUAAAAACAGAAGAGGAAGGAGAUUUUUAAGCAAUGUUGCACACUUAGGCAUAGAUUUAUCAGCUGAGGAAAAAUUAAAAACAGCCAAUGCACUCUUGAGCUAGCCAUGUUUGUAGACUUGGGAGUCUUUUUACACAUUGUAAUUAUAAUAUUUUUUUUACUGUAGCCAUUUAUUCUUUAUUUAUGAAAUAUUUAUGCUAGUAAAUGAAAGUUAAAAAUUCUGAUAAAGUUUUAAUAUUUUAAGAAAUAUUAAGAGGUUAUUUUAGGUAAAUAUUCACUCUUGUGUCAUUGCAUCUCAUAUUUUUAUAAUCAUUGUAUCAUUAUUUUAUAAAGUCGUAUCAUGGAAAAUAGUAAAAUUUUAUAAUAUAUAAUCUGAUAGUUUCUUUGCUAAAACCAGUUCUUAUUUAUUAGUAGCCAGAAUAAUAGUAUGAUAUGUCACAAAGUGACCUUGUUAGAUAAAUAUUUUAUACUGUUGGAAAUUCAGGAGUGUCGUAUAGUAUAACACCUAUGCAAAACUAUAACUAAUAUUUUCAUACGUUUCAUAUGAAAUUUUUACUAAUUUCUUUUUCAUUGUUCUGCAGUGCCCUCUUAUAUUUCACAUAUCAUCUGCCAUUCAUUAAUCAUUGUUGAUUAGUAAGUUCAUGUCUGCCAUAUAGUGCUGAAGUCAAACACUCAUCCCGAAGAUGUUAAGAAGGGCAUUUAACAAGGGCAAAGGUAUCUAUAAUCUGAUUAUAGGAGUCUCCAGGCAUAGAUAAAGUCAAUA